AUGGAGACAGCCGACGAUGGGCCUCACCUGCACCAGAGGUCUUCCCCUCGCAUGGCCCCCAACAGCGUCUCUGUCGCAUCUAGCAACGCGAAUGCGGCUAGCUCAGGAUCUGCAAUGGGCAGCGGAUCUUCCGCGUCCCCUCAACCAUCAACAUCCGCAUCAGCCUUAGAAGGCAACUCAACCACCACGAGGCCCGGCAAGCGGAAAUUGUCUCACUCAUUGGCAUGUCCAUCGAAUGUUGCCGGUCCCUCGGGUCGCAUCCAUGCCACUUCAGGUGCAUGUCCACCUAUUGAAGAUCAUAUGCCAGGAUCAGAUAUAUCCGAAGGACGUCUCUCGUACUGUCAAUCAUCUCGCGAACUUGCACGCGCGGAUAUGUCAGAGAACUUGCCCCGGAGACCCGGCAUGGGACCGCGCGAUGAUGAAGCAGUACUGGCAGGCACUCGCGCUGAGUCUGCCUCUUAUGGACUUGCACCAGUUCAUGACAAGAGGAGCACGAGCCCCGCCGCAGCCCCUUCAACAUCGGAGCAACAAGCACCUGCUCCACACCUUGGACGGUGCAUCGGUCGAGCAGAAAGUAUUUGCUGCAUAGAGCCAUUGGAUGGAAGCAACUAUCGAGAACCUCGCUCCUCAGAAGAAGUGUGUCUGCACCGUUUGCAAGGAUGCGAGGGAGCUGUCGCAUCUCGAAACGAUGCAUCAAGAGAUGCUCAAAGUGCUCGGCAUCUUAUUCCCCCCCACGUCGAGCAAGUUGAUCUCAAUAUAUCACAUGGCGGCGCCGAGAGAGCCUCAUCGCCUUCAGUGAGGCUCGAGACACCGACCACACCUCAGGAGAAGGCAGACCACGAGGGUCAUGCCGCUGGCAGCUCCAGCCUCGGCACUCCUGACUUCGCCCAGUACUUUCGCCAAAGUCCACACUCCGCUGCUGCGCCGUUCCAUUCUGGUUCGCCCUCCUUUUCUGGCUCAGUGCCCUUCACUACUCUGGUGACAAGCCCGACCGCUUCUUCGAGUCCAGGGGGCUCUAUAGCACAUCCAGCCUCGCAGCCGCUUGCGCUCGCAAGAGCACAAUCAGGCGACGCCUUCGAGCUGGAUCGCGAUGGUGACGACCAACGCAUCUCAGCUCGUCGAUCCAUCCGUCACGACUCUGACCGAUCAAAAUGGUCGCUGAAUCAGAGCUCCGAGGCGUCCGGAUCUCGGCCUUCCGUGAGACAGCGACGCAAGCCCAUGGUCCAAGCCAGGCAUCUGCGCCCGAGCGAAUCUGGCUUGCCGCAUCCCACAUUUAGCGGGCUGGUGCAGCAUCGUCUUUCUGCGAUCGGAAGGGCCGAAGUAGCAGCCUUGCGUCGCUCGAGCAUGGGCGACGAAGUGGACAGGUCGCCUACAAGUGCGGCGCGCCCAUCGGCAGAUGUCCCGCCGUUACAUCGUGCGGCAGAACACGCGUUCUGCCUUCAACCGGUACCGCCCUCAAAGCGAAGGAAAUUUGCUAAUGCGGGUGGACUUGACGGUCGUGUCCAAUCGCCGCCGCCCUUGGUUCAGCCUGGUGCCUCGCAUCCACUCGGUCAAGCUGGCCACACCCUUUGCGAUCGUGGUGUGCCGCCCGUUCCAAAGGUCCCAGAACAGUACCGCAAAUCUGGACGGCUUCAAUCCACGCCCAGCGAUGCGCAUGCUGCAACCUUUGAAGCCGAUUUGCAACCAAUGAAGCAAGCAGCGACUGGGACCGUUUCUCAGGGUCAUGGCCUCUCCGCUGCUGAGUCCUUGGCUGGAAGUUUCCCUGCCGUCCCUAGUGCCUCUAAGGCCACACACCCUGCCUACGGCGCCACUCUGACACCAGUGUACUCGGAAGAGAACAAAGGUGCCGUCCCUCAAAAUGCUGCCCGAUCGAGCGCUUGCCAAAGUUCCGCGCAGAGCUUCCAGCGGCCGAGCUCGCGUGCUGCACCGCCAGCCAAGGGCGACGCCCCGCCCCCUGCUCAUCAUGCUCCGACACGGCGUCGACCCCGUCUACGGCGCACUCACAGCUUGCCAAACCUAAAGGCAAGACCCGUCGUGGACUUUGGCGCUCCUGUCUCACAUCGGCUGGCCCUCCCUCUUCACCUGAUACAGUACAUCGCAAGUCUGUCUCGUGCCCAUGAGAAGAGCGGAACCAACGAUGUCACCUCUAAGGUGACACCCGGCACAGGGGCUACGCACUGUCGCCAGCUUUACACUCCAUCCCUAAAUCCACCCAUCACGCGUCACACUCUGCGAGAGCUGGACCUGUGCGAGAUUUUGAAGAAUCCCCAGCUGCGACACGAUGUAGUCUUCGACCCGAACGUCCAGUUCCGACCUAACUUCGAUGGUGAACGCGGUCGGCGCAAACGCGAGGCUGGUGACAAGUACUGGGCCGCAAUUUCACGCGAGAUCGAGUUCAAUUGCACCUGUACCGCCUUCGAGGGACGGACCAUGCUACCUUGCUCGUGUCCUCCAAGUGGCAAAGCGGACAACCGCAAGGCGGCGCUGCCACCCGUCCCUGUCAGAGCCGCAGGUGGCUCGAUCAGAGUCCCGUCGCGCAUACCGUCUUUGAUUCAAGAGCUGCGUGCUAUUUGUCUCUCAAUUUUGCCGCUUGGCGGUGCAGGCGAGAUCCCAACUACACCUCUCACACCAGCACACCCACUUUCAGCGAACUUGAGCUCUCGCCCACAGCCGGGCCUGUCGCGGGAGGCCUCGCAGCAGCGAGCGGCCCAAGAGCCCACGGCUAAAGCCGAUGCGCCCGCAAUGCAGAAGACUUGCGAAUUGCCAGCCGCUAAGCAAAAGGGACGAAAUGCUUCAGAUGGUUCGGAACCAUCGAGCGCGCAAAACCGCAAUGCUACAAACGCUCAAAGUCGCUCGUCAACAAAGCUUACGCUACCUGGCGCAAAUCUGCAGGGAAGCAGCAACACCUACAUCUCGAGCCAGCAUACCUUGAUACUUCAGAUGCUCGACCCACAGCUGAUCACCCAAGAGCUGGCACACGGUGUGCUGGACGUGAGUGCAUUGAUCACGAUGCUCGGCUCAGUGCUCAAGUUGCACUGCGCUCCGAUGCGCGACGAGGCGAUCGAGAGGAUGGUCGCUACCGUCGUACACAGAAGCGAUGUUGGCAAAGGCCUUCGUUCUUGUUUUGAGAUCUUGGAGCUCAUGAAGCUGGACAUUGCGAACCACCAGCUCCGCACUGCAAGGCCAUAUCUCGUGGACACCGCCGUCGAAUUCGAAAGUCGUUGGUUCCGCGAGCAACUCGAAUUGGGCAAGCUGAGUCUGGACAGAUCAUUCUCCUGGUUCACCACAGCCCUGCAGCGUGCUGAGAGUCAAACUUUCUCACAAGCUCUCACGCGCACGGAGGCUAUCUCCAAAGCUUUCGACGAUGGCUUCUUGAAUCUCAUCUUUGAAGCUCCGCUGGUCCGACCCACUUCGUCGGUCACUAGCACGUCCGCCAUUCCUCUCUCAGCGUCUCAACAGCAAGGCACAGGUGUGGCGCUGUCAAGCAGCAGCCUCAACCACGCAUACAUUUCCUACUUCCCGGAAAUGUUCCAGUUCGACGCGUACCGCUUGAUCACUUUUCACGCCGAUGCGACCGACAUCACCAUUAUGUACAUGCUAUUGCUGCUCUUCAGGCAACUCGCGUGCUCGCCGCUUCUGGCUGGCGCUUCACCUCCCUCGACAAAGCUGACCGCAGGUCAAAUUGCAUCCAACGCCGCAAAUCUAGCUGCGCGUCAGAUUGCGUCAGUCAAGGAGGAAAUCUGGUGCUUGUUGUGCGAAGCUAAUACCAGCAUCUCUGCUCGAGAAACCUCUGCGCCAAGGACUCCCGCUACACCUUCUGCGCGGACUGCUGCGAUGAUGCUCGGAGGCGCGACGGGCAGCGCAAAGCUGGAAGAUGUCAAGUGGCGGGCAGCUAUGGGGGACGUAUUGCUACAAGUUGCGGCUCGUGCUAGUGCGGUUCAAAUCGCCGCGCGUGAUCCCCAAUGUCUCGCGUUAGCGUCCGCUGCCAGCGCAGGAGGAGAGACGACUACUGCCGACCCGUUACCCCGCGUCUCUCUUUCUGCACCGCCCGAGCGUGUUCUGGCUAUGCUUCGUGCUUGGCUGGAAACGAACCUUCGCGUAGGCAGCCCUUUGCACAAGCUCUGUCAAAGCCGGCUCCGCGAUGUCAUAGCUGCGAUGCUCGCGGACCGCCUUGGAGCACCAAGGGCUCGCCGCCAGCCAUUGAUGUCCCCCGUCCAAGCAGUGGCUGGCGUGAGGCGCAAGCACCCUGGGGACGACGCUGUCUGUGAGGCUGCCCUUCCUGGGGAGAUGUCUAGAGGCCCUUCUAGCAAGAAGGCCCGCCUGGAGGACGGGACUAGAGCUAGUAUCCCGGGGUCGUUGGCCGCCAUGAGCUCCACUAGCGUUGCCACAGACCAGCCGUGCGAAGCUGAGCUUAGCAUGGGCACACUAGCCUCGAACACGACGGCACGCGUCUCGGAACGCGACUGGGAGUCCGUGCUCGUCAAAGCUGGGCUUGAGACGCUCAGUGCCGAGGUCAAGCUGCUUGGCGACCGCAUCACCAAGGUUGCUGUCUUUCACCUGCGAGUCAUGCGACCGUUCUACGAGCGUUUUGCGGCUCAAGCAGCCGGCACACAAUGA